AUGCUUAAAAAGAAGACCCUGGCGCCGUCCCUCUUCUUCCGGAACCACACGCCUACCGCAACCCCCGAAUUGUCUCCCACAUCAUCGGAUAGCGAUUCUGAAGAGGAUAUGGAAUCCUCUGGCUCCCGACCGGUCAGCCUGGCGGGAGCCUUCUCUAUGCGUCCAACUCUCGAUGAGGUUCUCGCCAAUGUCGCCCCACCCCCAUAUACCCUCAGCGCCUUUAUGGCCUACCUCUCCCAAAAUCACUGCUUAGAAACCCUGGAAUUCACCAUGGAGGCCAACCGAUACCGCGAAUCAUACUAUGCCCUGCUCGACCGUCUUGGCCCCAGCGCCCUCGACUCGGAAUGCCCCGAGAGUAAACACAUGCGGAUGCUUUGGCAGCGGCUACUCACUGCCUACAUCUUCCCGGGAUCACCUCGCGAGAUCAAUCUGUCCAGUGAGGUUCGCGACGCUCUCCUACAGCACGCGAAUGUCACGGCACCGCCUGUGCCCGAGACCCUCGACUCCGCUGUCAAGCGCAUCCACGAUCUCAUGGAAGAGUCCAUCUUCCUUCCCUUCAUCAACAGUCACACCAUGUCCCCCUCCAUGAUGCCAUCUGAACCCCUCCUGGGCCCUGAUGACUCCCUCAAUCUCUCCACAUCUUUCGACGAACAUCCCAUGAAACGGGUGCGGUCACGCGUGUCAAAGCGCCUUUCUCCUCAGUCGUCCCUCAAGGAUCUUUCGUCUGGCCACAGCCGUUCGACCAUGUCACUCGGGCACGCCAUCGGCAAGCGCACCUCUGGUGCCUUGUUGAGCACGAGUGCUGAGUCCGGUUCCUUGGCCUUGACCGAUGAUUCUUCCCCCCAGUCCAGUCCCACCGCCGAGGAACCAAUGACUCCUCCCACCACCCCGCCGGCCAGUGAACCCCAUCUGCCCAUGAGCCCGAAGCUUCGUACCGAGAACCCUUGGAAGAAGAUGGGCAUGAAGCUUGGAUUCAAGAAGCGCUCUGGUGGCUCUGGUGGUGCGUCACGGGAUCCCAAGAUCCUUGGACUGGACGAAUAA